UUCCUGAUGAAACAAAUCAUUAAAAUUCUGCUUUGAUUUGGCAAAUUUGCAACAGAAGACAACUUGUAUCUUGCAUGGUCACACCCUCCAUUUCUGCUUAUAAAAGGAGCAUGCAUAGUGCUUCCUUUCUACACAUAUCAUCAACACUCUUCCUAGCACUAUAGUCUUUCUUAAUUAGUUCCAUCUCUGUGUUGAAGUUGAGCACUACCAUAUACCAGUAGUUCACUACAUUUGAAACCUUAGGCAAUACUCUAUAUAUAUAUAUCUAGUUACCUUAACUAACUAUCAGAAAUGGCAUCAAGCUCAAUGUCAGCUACAGGAUCAUGGAGUGCUAAGGACAACAAGGCCUUUGAAAGGGCUCUAGCUGUUUAUGACAAGGACACCCCUGACCGAUGGAACAAUGUUGCCCUUGCUGUUGGAGGGAAAACUCCUGAUGAAGUGAAAAGGCACUAUGAGCUACUCCUCAGAGACAUUACUCAAAUUGAAUCGGGCCAAGUUCCUUUCCCAAACUACAAGAAAACUGCUGAAUCUGAUGAAGAGGGGAAAAGGCUGAAAAACAUGGAGCUCCAGUGACCAGACAAUAGGAAUCAACAACAAAUAAUUUGUGAUUUUCACCACCCACCAAGUUUUCUAGAAUCCUUAUUGUAGUACCUAGUGUGUUACAUGCAUACUGAUAUGUAGCACCAAUGCCGAGUAGUAUUACUGCUAUUUCAUAAGAAUCACAUCCCAUGGUUCCAUGCUUGUCAUUCAGUUCAAUCUGUUUAGAUGAAUAAAUGACUCUGUCGUAGUUCCCAUCCAUAAUAAAGUUUCAAUUUAAUGUUGUUAUCAUUUGUCAAAGACAAAAUGUGUCUGUUAUCUAGUCUCAAAUAACACAUAAAAUAAUCAAAAUGUUGCAUUAAUUUAGUCUUCUUACCCUUAACCUUCUGAUAAAGAUUCCUUUGAGUUCAGUUAUUCUCAACCAAUGUUCAUUGAUCAGGCCAAUAUCACGAAUUAUUAGUACGUGAGUACGCUGUUGUCAGAGCAAAACAUCUUUUAUAUUGAAUUGCGUAAUUAUAUAGUUAUAGCUAGUAAAAAUUAUAUCAUACUCAAUAUAUAAACUUAAAAAGUAGAUUAUCAAAUUUAGUUACCUGUUUUUCUCUUUGGGUAAUCAAAAGGUUCUACAUUGUUCAGAACUAGAUGUUGAAAAGAGUUUAUAUAUAUAUACUUUUUUUCUUAG